AUGGCUAGCCAGUGCGAAGCGAAAGCAGAGGUUACUCCAGUCAACGCGCAGAGAGUCGUGACUCGAAUCAUGGGAGAGGCUCCUCAAUCAGCACGCGUUGAUCCCGCUGAUGCCUUCGAGGUCUAUGAACUGGCUCAUGAAUGGGCUAUGAGCUAUGAUACCAAGGACUGGGAUCGACUGAGAAGCAUUUUAGCACCCAAACUCAAUAUUGACUACACCAUCGUCACGGGCGAUGUCUUCACGGACACGUCUCCGGAUGAUUGGAUCAAGUACUGUUCCAAUCCUCGAUUCCUGGGAGGCAAGCGUAUGACGACGCAGCAUCUAAUAGGGGCUCCGAAGUUCAUCAAAGUGUCAGACACCCAGAUCACGGCUCAUUACCAAGUCCGCGCCGCCCACUUACGCUGGAAAGAUGAGGCUCGUACGCAAGAGGGACUCAGAGGCCAUGGCCAUGGCCUGCUGAUCCAACACUACUCCAAGAUAGGCGGUGUUUGGAAACUGUCAGGGUGGAAGCCACAGUCGUUCUGGGAUGAACAUGAGUUUAAGGAACUGGUGCAUUUUGGCCUGACACAGCCUUUGAGUGAGUUGUAG